UCGCGGUCACACUGCACAGACCCAAAACACAUAAAUUAGUCAGAAAUACACUUCAAAUUAGUGACUGUGUUUUAAUUUUAAUACGAACACCUAGUUAAACCCACGAAACAAGUCCCCCAGCCAUGCAGUCGACGCUACGACAAGUUGUCUCGGCGGUAGCCAAGACUCCUCUGCGGUCCAAUGCCGCCAUUCUGGGAGCUCUGAACGCCCGCUACUACUCCGCGACACAUGAAGCCGACGUUGUGGUGAUUGGCUCUGGCCCAGGCGGCUAUGUGGCUGCCAUUAAGGCAGCCCAGAUGGGAAUGACGACUGUCAGCGUCGAGAAGGAGGCCACACUGGGGGGAACUUGUCUGAACGUGGGAUGCAUUCCCUCCAAGGCGCUGCUGAACAACUCCCACUACUAUCACAUGGCCCACUCUGGUGAUCUGGCCAAUCGCGGCAUCAACUGCGGAGAGGUGUCCCUCGAUCUCGAGAAACUGAUGGGGCAGAAAACGAAUGCGGUCACAGCUCUGACUGGCGGCAUCGCGAUGCUCUUCAAGAAGAACAAAGUCACACAGCUGACGGGCUUUGGCACCAUUACCGGGCCCAACGAGGUGCAGGUGAAGAAGUCCGAUGGCACCACAGACACUAUCAAGGCCAAGAACAUUUUGAUAGCCACCGGCUCCGAGGUCACGCCCUUCCCCGGCAUCACGAUCGACGAAGAGGUUAUUGUGAGCAGCACUGGAGCCCUGAAGUUGGCCAAGGUGCCCAAGCAUCUUGUUGUGAUCGGUGCCGGAGUCAUUGGGCUGGAGUUGGGAUCAGUGUGGUCGCGCCUUGGCGCUGAGGUCACUGCCGUUGAGUUCAUGGACACCAUUGGCGGCGUGGGCAUUGACAACGAGGUCUCCAAGACCUUCCAGAAGGUGCUCGUCAAGCAGGGACUCAAGUUCAAGCUGGGCACCAAGGUCACGGGCGCCACCCGCAGCGGCGACAACGUCACCGUCUCCGUGGAGAAUGCCAAGUCUGGCGAGAAGGAGGAUAUAGAGUGCGAUGCUCUGCUGGUCAGUGUGGGACGUCGCCCCUACACCGAGGGACUGGGACUGGAGUCAGUGGGCAUUGUCAAGGAUGAUCGCGGACGCAUUCCCGUGAAUGCCACCUUCCAGACGGUGGUGCCCAGCAUCUACGCCAUCGGCGAUUGCAUUCACGGACCUAUGUUGGCCCACAAGGCUGAGGACGAGGGUCUGAUCACCAUCGAGGGCAUCAAUGGCGGCCACGUGCACAUCGACUACAACUGCGUGCCCAGCGUUGUGUACACCCAUCCCGAGGUGGCGUGGGUCGGCAAGUCCGAGGAGAACUUGAAGCAAGAGGGUGUGGCCUACAAAGUGGGCAAGUUCCCAUUCCUGGCCAACUCGCGUGCCAAGACCAACAACGAGACCGACGGCUUUGUCAAGGUCUUGGCCGAUAAGGCAACGGAUCGCGUGCUGGGCACGCACAUCAUUGGACCCGCUGCCGGUGAGCUGAUCAAUGAGGCUGUCCUAGCCAUGGAGUAUGGAGCGUCUGCCGAGGAUAUUGCCCGUGUCUGCCAUGCGCAUCCAACCUGCUCCGAAGCGUUGCGUGAGGCCAAUGUGGCGGCCGCCUUUGGCAAGCCCAUCAACUUCUAAGGCCAAUUCCUCAUCCCACAGCUUGAAGGUGGAAGAACUGCACUGCGUUUGGGAACAACAAAGCCCGACCUUAUUCGAAAGCUAUUUGAAAGAACCGAAAGUCUCCGCCUAUCUGUAAUUCUCAAUGUUGUAAAAGUAAAAUGGAAACCAUAAAUAUUGAAAUUGCGCACAGCGUUUUAUGCA